AUGGCGAAUCAGCCAGUCGAUGAAGAGGCUGGUAUCGGCCCUGCACUGUCUUAUCAGAUCCAGAGAACAAAUAGCCGCCCAUCCAACCGCAAAGGUACUCCACCACCACGGGAUGAGCUCAACAUUCCGAUUCAACGACGUCCCGCACGCGCAGCUGGGUCCGCCCGCUCUUCUAUCCAGGAUCCGCCAAACGAUGAUGAGCUUGAUGUUGACAGGCCCGAGAAAUGGAUUUGGACGCACUACGGGCAACAUCUUGUUACAAAAGUUAAGCCCUGGCCAUUCAUGUCCUCGAAGCAGGGCGAAGAAAGCUUCGAAGUCAACCUUGCCGAAGUGCAGCGGAUGUACUUGGUACAACUGCGGAUACGACUGGCUCGUCACAUAGGGCAGUGGGAGAAAACUGGCGAGCUGCACCGACUAAUCCCAGGUUCCACGGAUGCAGUCCAGGGCCUGCAAGACUACGACGACAUGGAUAAAAGAAACCAACAGUCGAGCAGCGACCCAUUUCGCAUGACAGGCGGGAAAAAACUAGAUCGCAUCAUUCUCGAGGCGGCAAUUGGAGAGGCCACGCAACGUCAGUUCAGGGGCAGGCAUGCUCGAGAUGUACGGAAGUGGGACAGCCAUAUGAGCGCCGUCGUCCCCUCCCGAACCGAAAAUCGGUACAGAAAUCUCCUUAGCCGGCUCCUGGUCUCGGCCGUUGGUGCUGGCUUUCUUAUUGGCCCUAUGUCGUUGAUGAUAUUAGAAACUGGGCUAUACGUUGCAUUGAUAUCCACCACUGUAUUCGUCACCAUCUUCGGGGCCCUUGUGGCUUGCUUCUUGGACGAGCAUAUACAUGUCUUGUCAACUACCGCGGCAUAUGCGGCCGUCUUGGUGGUAUUUGUGGGGCUUACGAGCGAAGCAAACAGGGCACAGGAAUAG